CAGAAGCAGCUACAGAGUGAUUCCACGGAUGCACCUAGUUACUGUACCGUACGGGCUCUGUUGUGAUUCCGCUUUGGCUGAUGAAUCUUGGGAGGAGCAUAUGGUGUGGUGGUGGUGGUGACUGCUGAAGGAGAGGUCGGAAAAAACGCCAGAUCACCCCUCCCUCCAUUCCACCUGCUGUACAGCACAUACGCGACGGAUAUGCUGUUCUUGUAGCGAGGGCUGCAGUUAUGGUAGCUGGGGGCACGGCCGUCGUCUCUAUUUCCGCUUCCUUCUCCACGGCGUCUCCCGCGUGGGAGCAGCACAGUCAGGCGCAGCUUCCCCCUUUCUCCGCCACUCCUUCCGCCGUCCCUUCCGCCACUCCUUCCGCAGCCCCCUCCGCAUCCGCUUCCGCCAACCCUAACGCAUCCGCGGACAUGACUCCCCGCCCAGCCCCGCCAAUCCGCUCCACCAGUGAGGGCGGCGGCGCAGUUCCCGCCGAUCGUUCCGCUCCCCCAGGAGUCGGCCCCUGCGCGGACGCGGAAUGCGCACGCGGGGGUCUAAGCCGCGGAGAAAGUACCGGCGGAGCAUGCGGAGUAGCGCGCCGUUCCGCGGCUGGCGCAGGCGCAGGCGGCGACGCGCAGCUGAUUUUUUACGUGGGGCUGGCGCACCGGGGGGUGGUGCUGGCCGAUUAUGGGAAGCAGAGGAAGCUUCUACGCAGCCUCGUCGCGUCAGCGCUCCUCGAGAUUCCCCGCCACGUCAGCAGAUACUCCAUGGGGUACGGUCGAACGAACGUCCUGUUUGCCGUCGACCAAUCAGGCCUCGCCACGUUUGUGGUCGCUGACGUGGCUCUGGACCGUCCACGCGCCUACUCCAUCCUACACAGCAUCCGCUGUGCUUAUAUCGAGAUCUGCUCGCUCUCUGUUUCCCCCUCCCCCUCCUCCCCCCUCUUUACUCUCCGCUCCGCCUCCCCCCCCCUCUGCUCCUCCUUCGCCCUUCCGCCUUCCGCGCCCCGCGCGCUGUCCCCUGUCUCCGCCCGUCUCCCCCCUUCCCCACCGCUCCCCGCGUCCCCUCCCCCGGACACCCCUCCGCGUCCCGCCACCGCCGAUCCCGCGUCUCUCCGCGCCAUCGCCAGGCGAUUGGCCAGCGGCGCGGGCCACGUCAGCAGCUCUUACCGUGGCGGCAGCAGCAGCUCGUGCCACGUCAGCGGCGCCAGGAACAGCCAUCGGCUGAGUCACAGCAGCCGGGGCGGCGGCAGCAGCAGCAGCGGCAGGGAAGUGGUGAAUGCGGCGAGGGACGGUAGCGUGGGUGCUAGCGGUAGUGGCGAGAGCGGUUGGAGUGGUGGUAGUGGCACGUGCUACAGCAACGGGGGAACGUGCGAAGGCGAAGAUCCCCAGACGACCCACGUUGAAGCGGAGGAAAGGGCGGAACAGGAGGCAAGGGUUGAAGAGGAGGAAAGGGUGCAUGAGUCAAUGCCGCCGAGCGGGGAAGUUUUUGAGAAUUCUCAACGAUCCACUCAAGCGCAGCCUGCUCAUCACGAGUCGAUGCCGCCGAGCGGGGAAGAGGCGACUCAAGUGCCAGUGCCACCACUACCACUGGAGUUACAGAAGCGGAACGGGGGGGAUCUCCCCCGCGCUGACUGUCUCUCCAACGGCCGCUCUCCCAGCCGCGCGCCUGUCUUCCUGCGCUCGAGAUCCGCGCGCCACUCGCACGUGAUUGUACACGAGGCGCUGGAGCCGCGCCUGGAGGUGAUUGUAUGGAGCGUGCGCGGCAGACUCACGCCCAAGGAGCGGCUGGAGUGCUACCCCGACGCGCCUAGAGCCUACCUUGUGAGUCUUAGCCAGGGGGGGGGACCAGGGGGGGCGGCGGAUCGGGGGAGAGUGGGGGGAGCGGGAGGGGAGGGAGGAUGCGGAGGGGGUGGGGGAGGAAGAGUGGGAGGGGGAGCGGGGGAAGGGGGUGAUAGCAGCGGCAGCAGCAGGAGCGUUGGGGGUGGGGGUGGGGGAGGGGGGUUAGGGGGGCUUGGCGGAGCGGGCGGAAGGCGGAUGAGCGCGCGGGAGAGCCUGCUGAGCGAGCUGUCGGACGCGCUGAGGGGGGUGGAGGAGGGGGAGAUAGGGGAGCGGCGCGUGGUGUCGCGGCACCGCGCGCGCAGGAACUCGCGGUCCACGUCGUCCCUGGAAAUGGACCUGGCCGUUGCUGACCUCCCGCCUCGCGCUGCUGCUGCUGCUGCUGGUGGCGGUGUUGCUGCUGAUUUUGCUUCUGCCGACGUUGCUGCCGCUGCUGGUGGUGUUGGUGGUGGUGCGGCUGCUGCUGCUGCUGACGCUAUCACCGGCGCCAGCGCUGCUGCUACAGGCGCUGCUACAGGCGCUGCUGCAAGAACUGGUGGCAGGGGCGUGUUCGCAGGGGGGUACUACCACGCCCCGCGCACCAUAGCAGGGAUGGACGUGUGGGACGAGGACGACGGGUAUGGCGACAUGCCCUUAGGGGUAUCCGGGCGGCUCUACUCCUCAGCGGGAGGGGGCACGGGCGAAACGGGUUUAGGGUUUGGUGAUGUGAGCAAAUCGCGCCCGUUUCCGGCCCGGUUAGCUCACUCUGCGGCGUUCCCCAUGCCGCAGCAGAAGAGCAGACUGCAGGGAUCCCAGGGGGGAAUAACGUGCAGUGGUUGUGGUGAUGCUGUUGCUGCUGCUGAUGAUACUGGCAGCAGUAGUGGUGUUGAUGGUACUGCUGCUGGUGGUGGUGCUCUCAGUACUGGCAGAAUCAGUAACGGAAGCAGUGGGAGAAUCAGCACAGGCAGCACCAGCAGCGCUACCAGCACUGUCAGCACUGUCAGCACCAUCAGUAUUAUCAGCAACCGCAGCAGCCUUAGCACCAACAGCAACGGCACCACCAGCAGUAGCCGCAGCAGCAGCAGCUACGAGCCGAGCCUCAACCACUCAGCCUUCUCCAUGCCCUUUCCUUCCAAUCCGCUCGCUUACUCUCCCUCGCCUCCCCCCCCUACCACCAACCACUCCUUGCCGUCCCCUCUCAACCCUUCUCUCCCCCUCCACCCCUCUUUCCCCCUCCACCCUUCUCUCCCCCCCAAGCCAUCCCCCUCCGCCUCCCCCUCCCCCUCCCCCUCCCCUCUCUCCAAGCCUCCCCUUGCUCCUCCUUCCGCCACCUCCUCCCCAUCCCCUUCCCCUUCCCCUUCCCCGUCCCCCUCCCCCUCCCCUUCCCCCAGCGCCAUUCUCCAUCCCCACCCCCCUUCUCCCAGUUACCAGACCCCCGCCUCGUCCCCCCUGCUCCCCCGGCCUCUGCCACUCUUCCUUCGGUUUCCCCUGCCGCUGCCACUGGCAUUGCUCCUUCAAACCGCAUUGCGCCUCCCUCCACCGCUGCCAUGCUCCCGUCAAUGCCGCCCCUUCCUCCUCCCUCCGCCCCUCUGCCUGUGCACCGCGCAACGGCGGGCUCUGACUACGAAGCAUGGGUGGGUGACAGCGGCGCGUGGGCGACCACCGCCAGAGGGGAUGGCCGGUUCUGUGCUCCUCCUGUGUCUGUGAGCACUCAGGCUGCCAUGCUCCCACCAACGCCCCCUCAUCAUCCCUCCACCGCUCUGCCUGCUGCCCGCGCAACCGCUGCGUCUGACUAUGAGGCGUGGGUGAGUGAGAGCGCCGCAUGGGCGUCCGCCGGUGGGGAUGGCCGGCCGUUUGCUUCUGUGGCGGGAGCCACACAGGCUGGGCCAGCAGGUUGGCGGGGGGGAGGCGGUGGCAUUGGUGGGGUGGCAGUGGCAGCAGGGGCAGUGGGAGCAGGAGUGGCAGCAGGAGGAGUGGCAAUGCCAUUUGCACCGGCGUCACAGCAAGCACUGGCGUACAUUGGACCGCAAGGGUAUUAUGAGGAUGAGGGGGAGGUCGAUGGGUAUGGGGUAGCGAUGGAUGGUCGUGGUAACAGGGUAAUGGGUAACCCGACCCCUCUGCUGCCGCUUUCCGCUCCUGUCUACUCGCCCUACCCCCCCUCUUUCCUGUCCUCAACUCCCAUGGGCAAUGCGCACUACAGUAACGCUGCUUAUAACGGACAUGGCUACAGUGAUGCUGGUUACAGUAACGCCGGCUACAGUGACGCGCAGGCGAGCGGGCAAGAGGGGUACAGGAAGGGGAACGAUGGCCAAUGCAAGCCCAAGAGCAUGCAUGUCCGACACGUGUCGAUGGACGAUCAGGGGGACCUAGAUGUCUCAGACGCUGCAUGUGGGGGGAGGGGGGGGGCUGGCGGAAUGGGAGCAGGAGGGUCCUCCUCUACUGGUGGUAACCGGGUUACCAGGACACGAGCGAGUGGGGGGAAGGGAGGUGGCGGGGAGGGGAGGUUUGGGGGGGUGAGGGGAGGGGUGCAUGUGCGCUGGUCGACAAGGGGGGGUAGGGGGGAAGUGGGGAGGGUGAGGGGGACCAGCCCGAUGUCUCCUAUGCUGAGGAGUGCGUGGAGGAUGAUCCGGAGCAGCUCGCUGAGUGAGAGGCAGGGCGAAGGGGACGAGGCGAGCGCUGCUGCAGCCGCUGCAGCCUCUGGUUCCGCUGGUGCGGGUGUUGAUGCUGCCGAUGCUGCGGGCGCUGGUGCUGCUGAUGUUGCUGCUGGGAGUGCUGGUAGUGCUUGUGGCGGGAGGUGGGGGGAGGGGGGAGUGCGCAUGGGGGAAGGGUGUUGGAUGUUACCCCACCAGUGACACCACCUGGGGUGACGACUACACCCGGAGCACAAUGAUCUAGGGCGUGUUAAUUAUAAUUUGGGUGUGUUCGGUUCGGCUUGGCCGUGUGUCAAACAAUUGCAAACAUUUUUCUAGAAGAUAAUAUACUACAGGCCGGAGGAAGAGGUAAAGGUAAAGUUGGUAUGCCUUCAUGCCAAUGCCAUGCCAUGCCGUGCUUUGCAUAUGGUGUAACAAAGUGCUUGAUAGCACAGUGGAAGUCUUGAUGAACCCUUGUGUUGGUACAGUAUGUGAGAACAAGUGAUUGAUUAUAGCAAAGGGACAC